AUGGCGGUGAUGGAUGUCGGUCGGAAGGCCAAGAGAUCUAGGCGUAGCAACAAAAACUCCGCUCAUCUCUACCGUUUCGCCACCUUCCCGGCGGAAGAGAUGAGAAGCGGCACGUCUACCUUGCAGCCGUUCCGCGAUGGAGUGAUAUCUUUCCUCGCGAGCCACGCCCGUGUCACUCUCCCUACCUCCACGCUCUUCUCCAGCUUGAGGACUUGGCAGAUCCUUCUCAGACAUGGCGAUUCGACUGACGGUUCAGAUCUCUCUUCCAGACUCAUCUCCGUCGACGUUGUGGAGGAGGAUGUUACCAGAUCCUCUAGAUCCGUUUACUGUGACCACUGCCGAGUCGUUGGUUGGAGUAGCCAUCCAGUGUGUAAAAAGAGGUACCACUUCCUCAUAAGAUCAGGAGGAGACAGCAAGAGCCUCAACACUGGGAUGGAAAAGGCUUGCACGAGGUGUGGUUAUACUCAGAACUUGUCCGAAGGCAGCAGUUGCAAGUGGUGCAACUUGGCUCUGGACACAGAGGACUGGGUUUACUCUCAGCUGGAGGCCAACACUCAUCUUCUUCAUGGCGUUAUUCACUCCAACGGCUAUGCACAUCUCUUGUCUCUCAACGGUAGAGAAGGUGGCUCUGGUUUCUUGACUGGCCGUUCCAUUAUGGACUUCUGGGACAGGCUUUGCUCCUCCCUUGCUGUUAGGAAGGCUAGUGUGAUGGAUGUGUCCAGGAAGUAUGGAAUGGACUACCGAUUGCUUCAUGGAGUGACUAGAGGCUGUUCGUGGUACAAUGAGUGGGGUUAUGAACUCAAUUCUGGGAGUUACGCACUCACAAGAGAAGCCUACCAGAGUGCUGUGACUACUUUAUCUGCGAUGCCUCUCUCUGAGUUCAUGUUCCAAGGGAGGAAGCCAAGAACUCAGCUACACUCCAUUCUCGGCUUCUACCAGUCACUCUCCUGUUCGGAGCUUGUGACUCUAAGAGACCUAUUCUCUUUUCUGCUACAAUUGAUUCGCGAGAGGCAAGCGAAACCCACAACGGAUGUGCUUUGUGCUUGGAGUAGAAGUGAUGUAGAACGUGUACAGCAAACCAUGGUUAAGAUAUUAAAAGCUGCAGGAGGAGCUCACUGGGUUAAAAGGUGGGCUCUCAAAAGGUCUAUUUGCAAAACAGGCUCCCCACAGCUGAUUGAUUAUUGUCUCAAGCAUUUCGGAGGCGUUUUGGCGGAUGAUGGAUCUCGAGUAGUCUGUUCUCGUUGCAAGCCUGCCUCAAACGACUUUGAGUAUAGGCUUGAACCUGUCAACAAUGUGCACCGCUUGUCAAAUCAAGACAUUAAUUAUGCAUCGGAGGAGCAAAUCAAAUGCGACUUAAGAUAUCUACAUGACACGUUAUUGCAACCACAAACCAAGGCCGAGUUUAGGUCUCAAGCUACUAGUGAUAAAUUGAUUGAUGCAGCCACAAAGAUACUUGACUGUAAGCAUUUCAUAAAAGAUUAUUCGUCUAGCCCAGUUAAUCCCUUUGCAAUCUACCUUUGGUGCCAUGUCGAGCUUUCUGACGAGUCCAAUGAAUGCCCAUGCCCACCACCUGAGCUGUUGGUAUUUCCACUGAACGCUACUGUAUCUGACCUGAAAAAAGAAGCUGCCAAAGCAUUUCAGGAAGUGUACGCAAUGUUCAAGAGGUUUGAAGUGGAGGAGCUCCUAGGUUACGGCUCUAUGGAUGACUCCGUUACCCUGAAGUUUUUAAUAUGCACAAAUGGAGUCAUAAGGGUCAAAGGGAGAUGCUCAUCUAAACAUGAGCUCCUCCAAUACCGCAUGGAGAGAGGAGUAGAGAACUGGGAAGUUGAUUGCAAGUGUGGCGCAAAGGAUGAUGAUGGUGAGAGGAUGUUGGCCUGUGAUUUGUGUGGUGUGUGGCACCAUACUAGAUGUGCUGGGAUUGAAAAUGCCGAUGCGCUACCUUCCAUGUUCCAUUGUUUCAGAUGCAUUGAACCGUACAGUAAGAGACCAAAGCAAUCUGUUAAUGAGCAUGGCACUAGUAAAGUGGCCCUAACUGGGUUUGUUUGUAGAGGUGAGUCAGCUGCAAUGGGCAGUGGGUCUAAUUUAUCUUUAACACUUAGUGUAGGCUGUCUGUAUUUAUGUAAAUAG